AUGGACUCUACACGCACAAUCAAGUUGGAGUCAGAGGAGAUGGAACCGGCAACCAAGAAAGUCAAGGCCAACAAGUACUGGAUAGACACAAUCGGCACCAGAAUUGUGCGUCUUGAAGUCGGCACGGGAUUUGAUCAAGCUGUCUUUACUGUUCAUAAGACAAUACUCUGCGAGAAGAUUGCAUUUUUUGAUAAGAUGUUCAAUGGAAAGUUUUUGGAAGGUAUAACUCAUUGUGCCAAAAUGCCCGAGGACAAUAUCGAAGCCUUCAAGUUAAUGAUCGGCUGGGUAUAUAGCGGAGUCAUCGAGCCAGGAAUCGGUCUUACCUUUGCAAAUGGUAAUUCUGCCAGCACACCACUGUUGGAGCUGGUGAUACUCGCGGAGAAAUAUGACAUCAACGCACUUGUUGAUGCCACAAUGGACUACUUGAUUAAACUCCUCCAAGUGAAGAGAAUCAUAAUUGGUGAGUCCCUAUGGGUAUAUACAUAUGAGAAUACACGUCGAACAUCCAAGCUUCGAUUAUUCUUCACAAGAACAGCCAUCUAUGCGAUGCGUUUCAAGGAUGGAGAAUUUACAAGCAGUCCCAAAUUCUGGACGGUAAAGGCGAUACACUCCAUAUUGUCGCGGAAUCCAGAGAUCCUCAUGGAUUAUUUGGCUUUGACCCAAGGAGUAAAGCUUCAAGAGGAUCCAUUGAUGGCACCAUCUUGUGAUUACCAUCGACAUGAGGUGAACGAGGAAUGUCCACAUAAGCCGCAGACAACCGUCAACAUUACCAAUGAGAGUGGGAACAGGCCAAGCGAUCUGGAUGACUGA